UCCGUAAGUUCCUAGUCAGAACUAAUUGUGCUUUUAGAACAUUUCGGAAUGUUUAGUUUCCUCUUCAAAAGAGUCCCAAUAGGGAGAACCGUAAGAGAUUCAACUACAAAGCUGGGUUUUCUGCAAAACCCUUCCUCAUCUCUCAUAUUCAUCUCCUCAAAAGCCUCAAGAAAUCAGAACCGUUUCGUUGUCUCUUACCUCAUCAGCUCAUGUGGGCUUUCACCCGCAGCUGCAAUUUCUGCAUCCAAGAAGGUUUGGUUUGAAUCCUCUGAUAGGCCAGACUCGGUCCUUACCCUCUUCAGAAACCAUGGAUUCACCGAUACCCAAAUUUCUAGACUCAUUGGAAAGUGUCCGUCAUUGCUUUUGUCCAAUCCUACUGAGACCCUUCUGCCUAAACUUGAGUUCUUCCAUUCUCUGGGCGUUUCGAGCCCUAACCUCGCCAGAUUCAUCUGCAAAGACCCAAAGGUUUUGUUCUCUAGCUUAGAAAACAAAAUCAUCCCUACUUUUGAUUUCUUAAAGAGUUUACUUGGGACUCUGGAGAAUAUUAUUGGUCUAAAUAAUCAUUCUCGUCUCAUCGGUUGUGAUAUACAGAAUGUGGGUCGAAAUAUUGCAAUCUUGAGAGAAUAUGGAGUGCCAGAGUCUAAUAUAGUGCGUAUACUAACUUACUAUCCCAUCACGGUGACACCUAAAAAUGAUCUGUUCAAACAGAGAGUUGAGGAGAUUAAGAAAAUGGGUUUCAACCUUUCAAAAUACAUGUUUAUGCGUGUUCUAUAUGUGUUUACAUCAUUGACCAAAUCAACAUGGAAGCUGAAAAUGGAGGCUUAUGGAAGGUGUGGUUUUUCUGAGAAUGAGAUUCUCAUGGCAUUUAGGAGGUACCCUUGUUUUAUGGAAAUGUCUGAGAAGAGGAUAAUGAGCCAUAUGGAUUUCCUUGUUAAUAAAAUGGGUUGUGAACGUGCAGUUAUCAUCACAUACCCGCAACUAUUUGGGUUUAGCUUGGAGAAGAGGAUUCUUCCAAGGUAUUCAGUUUUUCGAGUAUUGCUAUUGAAAGGUUUGGUGAAGGAAGAUCGUCAAAUGGUUCACAUGUUGAUAGAAAGUGAGAAGCUUUUCUUGGAGAAAUUUGUGACAAAAUAUGACACAGAAGUUCCUCAACUCUUGGAUGUAUACAAAGGGAAUAUUAGUCUGCUAGAACUUGGAUAUGGAACUGAUCAAGUGUGGAAAGAACCUAUUGUAAAAUGCCCAAAUUUUGAAAUUUGACAAAUAGAUCUAAAUGUUUCUUUGAAGCCUCAAGGUCUAUAUGGAGAGUUUAUACAAGCCUCAAUAACUUUAUUUUUUGUUUUAGAAAGCACUUAUCUGUUGCCUAGUCAUUCUGGUGUCUGUGGUUACUUGAAUAGGUGCUACUCCCAGAUUUACAGUUUAAGUUCAGUUUCCUCAAAACCUUAAAAGGUGAAUAGCAAGGUAUGUAAAAUCAGAUUCUUUGGGAUUAAAUUUAUAAACUUGAUUUUAAGAUGUUACUUUUUA